AUGCUUCGCCCGGAGGAGUCGCCGAGUAAGUUAUCUCUGUUACAUUCGAAGGACGCAGAGAGGACCAAUCUCUGCGCCGACGUCGCUCAUCAGCCGCUCGCGCCUGCGCCGCCCCGGGCUGCUUCUCCUUCGAACGUCCUUGGAAUCAAGGGUUAUCGCGGGGCUGUAGGAGACCCUGGAGACGAUGGCCCGCCAGGCGAGAAAGGCACAAAAGGCGAGCCAGAAGGCGGGCCAGGAACAAGUUAUGUCGAACUGCCGAAUCGCAAAGGUUUGCGUGGGCUUAAAGGAGACCGUGGGGAUCAAGGUUUGCCGGGAGAGCGCGGUCCACAAGGAGAUUCCGGCGUUUGCGUAUAUGAAUAUCACUGCAUGAGAUACGGAACGCAAAAAAAAACACGGAAAGGACUUAAGGGACGCGAACGACGCGACUCAUCAGCCGCUCGCGCCUGCGCCGCCCCGGGCUGCUGUGAGCCCGAAUGCUUCGCGCGGAGGAGUCGCCGAAAUAUUCAAAUCCGCUCAGAUGAGAAACUUGAGCAGCAGAGAGGUGCUAGAGGACCUGACGGUGUAAAAGGUUCCAUUGGAUUACAGGGUCCGCCAGGUUUGAAAGGAGAACCUGGGGGACCAAUCAGCUACCGUACACCGGGUGCCCCGGGUGAUAAGGGUUCCAUGGGCUUCAAGGGCGUCCGAGGUUAUGAUGGUCUAAGAGGACCAAAAGGUGAACGUGGAGAUUGUGGACCCGAUUGUUGCAAGACGGCCUUCAGUCAUAUUGAUACAGAAGAUAGGGAAUAUAGAGAAGACGGAGAAGGGGAAGAAGGGGAAGGACAGGACAAAGAGGUGACGGAGGAAAACUCAGAAGAGACAUCAGAUAUUAAUUAUUACCAAUUUUAUGUUGAAAUCACUCUGGAAAAUAGAACUUUAACAGUCUCUAAGCACCUUUAAACUUGUUUUAUAUAAAUAAGUUUAUAAUUAUUAUAAAUUACACCAUUUCAUCUAUACUUACUUGU